AUGGCGGCGGAGAUGGUGGGGGGUGGUGGAAGAAAGAGAAGUGUAGAAAUAAGUUUUGACCAAAAUUACAAUAUUCAAUGGGGUGGAAGUCAUUUCAAGUCCUUAAACCAAGGGAAGGAGAUUCAGCUUAUGAUGGAUACCUCUUCAGGAUCUGGUUUUGUAUCCAAGAUGUUCUACGGCUCAGGAUUCUUCCAUAUGAGGAUUAAAGUACCAGGUAGAGAUUCUGCUGGAGUUGUCACGGCUUAUUAUUUGACUUCUCGUGGAGAUAAGCACGAUGAGUUAGACUUUGAAUUCUUGGGAAAUAGGGAAGGAAAGCCAUAUACGUUACAGACCAAUAUAUUUAUAGAUGGUGAAGGGAAUAGAGAACAACAAAUUCAUCUUUGGUUUGACCCUACAACAAAUUUUCACGAUUACCAAGUUCUUUGGAACCAGCAUCAAAUUGUAUUUUAUGUGGACGAUAUCCCCAUUCGGGUAUAUAAGAACAAACGUAUACUUGGAUUACGCUACCCAUCAAAGCCUAUGCAAAUUGAAACAACAUUGUGGGAUGGGGAAAGUUGGGCAACAGAAGGAGGCCGAAUAAAAACCAAUUGGAGUUAUGCACCGUUCAAAGCAAACUUUCAGGGAUUUGAUGUCAGUGGCUGUGAAACUCAUCAAAGCUUAAAUGAUCGACAUUGUGGUUCAGAGACGUACUGGUGGAACAGCAAAAGGUAUUGGCAGUUAAAUCCAGCCCAACAUAAACAAUACGAAAAUGUAAAGAAAAAUUAUAUGACAUAUAAUUAUUGUAACAAUAAGCAAAGGUAUCCUAAGACUCACUUGGAAUGCCAAGAUUAG